UCCCCCGCCCCUCCCCGCGCGAGUGUCUCCCUCUCCCUCGCUCCCUCUCUCUCUCUCCCUCUCUCUCUCUUUUGUGAGUUAUAGCAACCGUUGCCUUGUGAAUCAAGCGCCAUAGUCACCGUAGUCCUGGCGACUGUUACCCAUCAACAACAACUACUCCUCUCCUCCUCCUCCUCCUCCUCCUCCUCUUCCUCCUCCUCCUCCUCCCCACCACCACCAUCUCCAUCACCCACCAACAACACCACAAUAAUCCACAGCCAAGCAUUCCACAAAUGCCCCAUCUGUGAGGCUUCACUCAGUACAUAACUGAUGUACUGCUUCUGUGCUCUCUGAACCUGAGAUUUUUAUCAGAGGAAUGUAGACUGGAAUCUGCAAUGGUUUUCAAAAUCCCAAAGUGAGACCAUCAUGCAGACUUCAGAGACGGGUUCAGACACGGGGUCGACAGUGACUCUACAGACGUCUGUGGCUAGCCAAGCAGCAGUGCCUACACAGGUGGUACAGCAAGUGCCAGUCCAGCAGCAGGUGCAGCAGGUACAGACAGUUCAGCAGGUCCAACAUGUCUACCCAGCUCAGGUGCAGUAUGUGGAAGGAAGUGAUACUGUCUAUACCAAUGGAGCAAUCCGAACAACAACUUAUCCUUAUACAGAAACACAGAUGUACAGCCAAAACACUGGAGGAAAUUACUUUGACACUCAAGGAAGUUCAGCACAGGUGACAACCGUGGUGUCCUCCCACAGUAUGGUGGGUACUGGUGGUAUUCAGAUGGGCGUCACAGGAGGACAGCUCAUCAGCAGCUCCGGAGGAACCUAUCUGAUUGGCAAUUCAAUGGAGAAUUCUGGUCACUCAGUGACACACACAACUCGAGCCUCCCCAGCGACAAUUGAAAUGGCGAUUGAGACGCUGCAAAAGUCUGACGGUCUGUCCACUCACAGAAGCUCUCUUCUCAACAGCCAUCUCCAGUGGCUGUUGGACAAUUAUGAGACAGCAGAAGGAGUGAGCCUUCCAAGAAGCACGCUGUACAAUCACUACCUUCGACACUGUCAGGAACACAAACUGGACCCAGUCAACGCUGCCUCUUUUGGAAAACUAAUAAGGUCCAUUUUUAUGGGGCUACGGACUAGGAGAUUAGGAACUAGAGGAAACUCCAAGUACCAUUACUAUGGGAUUCGUGUGAAGCCAGAUUCUCCUCUUAACCGUCUACAAGAAGACAUGCAGUAUAUGGCUAUGAGACAGCAACCCAUGCAGCAGAAGCAAAGGUACAAGCCUAUGCAGAAAGUGGAUGGGGUUGCAGAUGGUUUCACAGGAAGUGGCCAACAGACAGGCACAUCUGUUGAGCAAACUGUAAUUGCCCAAAGUCAACAUCAUCAACAGUUUUUAGAUGCAUCUCGAGCACUUCCAGAGUUUGGAGAAGUUGAAAUCUCUUCUCUGCCAGAUGGUACUACCUUUGAGGAUAUCAAGUCACUGCAGAGUCUUUAUCGAGAGCACUGUGAGGCAAUUUUGGACGUUGUUGUGAAUCUUCAGUUUAGCCUGAUAGAAAAAUUAUGGCAAACAUUCUGGCGCUAUUCUCCCUCUACUCCAACCGACGGCACUACCAUUACUGAAUCAAGCAAUCUGAGUGAAAUAGAAAGUCGACUUCCGAAAGCAAAGCUGAUAACUCUGUGCAAACAUGAGUCUAUCCUGAAAUGGAUGUGUAACUGUGACCAUGGGAUGUACCAGGCUUUGGUGGAGAUUCUCAUCCCCGACGUCCUUAGACCCAUUCCUAGUGCCUUGACCCAAGCCAUUCGAAAUUUUGCAAAAAGCCUUGAAGGUUGGCUUUCAAAUGCCAUGAACAAUAUUCCACAGAGAAUGAUACAAACCAAGGUUGCCGCUGUAAGUGCCUUUGCCCAGACUCUGCGAAGAUACACAUCGCUCAAUCACCUGGCCCAGGCAGCCCGCGCCGUACUUCAGAACACUUCCCAGAUUAACCAGAUGCUCAGCGACCUCAACCGCGUUGACUUUGCCAAUGUCCAGGAGCAGGCUUCCUGGGUGUGCCAGUGUGAUGACAACAUGGUUCAGAGACUAGAAACAGACUUCAAGAUGACGCUUCAGCAGCAGAGCACACUGGAGCAGUGGGCAGCAUGGCUGGACAAUGUGAUGAUGCAGGCGCUGAAGCCCUAUGAAGGAAGACCCAGCUUCCCUAAAGCCGCCAGGCAGUUUCUGCUCAAAUGGUCUUUCUACAGCUCCAUGGUCAUUCGGGACUUAACCCUGCGCAGUGCUGCUAGCUUCGGCUCCUUCCACCUGAUCCGGCUACUCUAUGAUGAGUACAUGUUCUACUUGGUAGAGCAUCGUGUUGCUCAAGCAACAGGAGAGACACCCAUAGCAGUGAUGGGCGAGACAUACCUUGUAGAUGAAAAAUAUACUCCUAUCAUGGAACUCUUUAUAAGCAAACUUCCGAAUUUCGGUGAUUUAAAUGCUGUGUCUCCUGGAAAUCUGGAUAAAGAUGAAGGCAGUGAAGUAGAAAGUGAGAUGGAUGAAGACCUGGAUGAUUCUUCUGAGCCUCAGGCCAAAAGAGAGAAAACAGAGCUGAACCAGGCCUUCCCUGUCGGCUGCAUGCCGCCAGUCCUGGAGAGUGGUGUGCAGCCCAGCCUCCUGAGCCCCAUCCACAGUGAGCACAUCGUCACGAGCACUCAGACCAUCAGGCAGUGCAGCGCCACGGGCAACACCUACACCGCAGUCUAACGGCAGCAGGAAAACCGUUUUUCCAGCGCCUUUAACCCACUGAUACUGGGCUUAAGCUGAAAGUCUAACAAGCCUGAAGGUUGACUGUUGUCAAAAGUCUAUCUGUGCUGAACAUUACCUUUUUGGAGUUGUGGAAUGGAAUGGGUGUAUGUAUUUUUCCAGGUCUUUUUUUUUUUAACACAAAUUAUUUGCCUUUUAAUAAUGAGUUUCUCCCCCGCUCCCCUUAGUUUCAGGUGUCAAGAAGGAUUUUUACAACAUAUAAUGUCAUUGUUUUUGUUUUCUCAUAAUUAAAAAGUAAUUUACAUUUUGUAGCUUAAAAUAUUUUAUUGUUGAUUGUUAGUCUUGGUGUAUGAUUUUAUGUGUAAGUUUUUUAAUUAGAUGCACUUCUGUGAAAUAUCAAAAGAAAUGAAUUUCUUUGAUUUACACUGGAGGCAUGCCCAUUUGGCAGCAGAUGCAUCAAAUUUGCUUCUGAAAGGUGCUUUUCAUUGGACAGAACCAUAAGACACUAUUUUGAUAACAUUUUGGAGUACAGAGAGAAUACAGAGCGUUUUUAUUAUAGUGCUAGAGGGUUGGGAAGGUCAUCUAUUUUUCUCUGAAGAAUAUUGAGCUGUGCAUUUAUCAGUUCAGGGUAAAUGACAGAAUGGCAAGAGAUUAUGCUAAUAUGUACAUAAUUUGUGCACAUAACUAUUACACCAUGUUAACAAUGCGAGCUUCCGUUAGGCAUCGACUUUUAACUAUGACUCGCAUACCAGUUCCUCUGUUUAAAGACUACUGAUUCUGUAUUGGGACCACUGCACAGAUGCAUUCUGCUCUUAAGUGGGGCUGUUAUAGUUAGAUACUGAAGCUGAAAAAUGACUUGACUUUUUUUUUUAAGUGUACAUGCUACUUAUACUGAGCUGGACAUACAGGAAACCAUUCCAUUUGGAUGACUUUCUUUUAUUCCAGGUCUUUUUUCUAAUAGUAGUUCAAUAUGCUGCUAUUAUAAAAGAAAAUGUAUAGAAUGCAAGGAAUGUAGCGCCCUGCAUAUUGUUAUUUCCUGGUUUCUAAAGUACAUGGAUUUCAAUUUUACACAGAACCUGAAGGCAGGGUGACUGGCACACCUCACUGUUGCUGACCCCGAUUCUAUAGGAUUUGGCUAGGUGGCUGGAUGGACCAUUGCCAUUGAAGAAUGUACAUCAGGGAUCAUCGUACCUCGGCUAUUACAUGGUGCCUUAAAACAGAACUGAGCUAAGGUUUAGUAAGGUUUAUUUUGUUCGUGUGAAUAACUCUUCAAUCCAUUUGGUAAAGUGUGCCUGUCAUGCUCAGAUUCCUGAAGUAAGGACAGGUCACAUGUUCUUCAAGGGGAAUUUAGGGGGAAAUGAAGCAAAACAAAGAGACAAAAACUUCAGUUUCUCUCUGAGUGACUGUGAGUGGACUUGUCUAUGUUUUAUCCUUGGAGCUGAAUAUCACUUGAUUAUAAAUCAGAUUGCUAAGGGUGUGGACUAACAGGCUAGUUUUCAUACAAACAUUUUACAUAAAGAUCGUAUGUUGUAGACCAUUCUUAUCUAGUUACAAUUCUGGAAAGCUAACAAAAAAAGCAGGUACUUAUUGAAGUGCAUCUUUUCAGUCUAAAUGUCUGUCUGUGUGUCAGGUGUCUCUGUAUAAACACACACACACACACACACACACACACACACACACACACACACACACACACACACACGGGAAUUCACCCAUGCAUGCAUGCACACACAUGGAGCAGGAGUCUGCUACAGUCAGAAGUGAGAUCCUAAAGAGCACAGGCUCAUCACAUUUUAUUUUGCAUGAAAAGCCAAGGUUCUUUUAAGAACUCAACCAUCAACAACAACAAAACAGGACACAUCCUUUCGUUUAACUAACUAUAAAAGUAAAUCAGUGAAAGUCAGUAAAUAACAAAAUCAAUAAAGCCAAAAAAGGAAAGGAAAGCACAAGAUGAUGUAUAGAUCACUACUGAGGCCUAUAUCAAACUGAAGACUUCAUCUUUCCAGUUAUGUUGGGUGAGGGGUAUGGUUGAGGAGAUGAGGCUGCACCACUCUGGAAAGUUAAAGAUACCAAAUGGCUUAUCAGGAAACACAGUGUAUUGAAACUGUUAUUGCCUGAUUGAUUGUCUCAAACUUCUGAAGAUCAAUAGCAUUUCUGAAGUAAAAUUAAAAUGUCAUAAAUAUAAUUUUUAGUGGAUUCUGAUUUUAUAUCGAACAAUUUACUUGAGUCUUCACUGGCAUCCAAGCAUCACUUCAUUUACUGCAGAUCCCCAAAGGCAAUGAAUUUGCAACCCCCUCCCCUGCAUAAUCCAUCAUACGCUACAAAAGACCAUGGAUCUACUUCAUUGUGAGUUAGAAAAUGUUUACACAUAAAAUUUAAAUCAUAACAUAACUCUCUUCAUUUUAACUAUCCCUCCUGAGGUCUUUCAGUCUCCUGUCUCUACUGGUCAUCCUUGGAUGACAUCAUGUCUGUAUUGGACCAAAUGUAUUUACUGGUUUCACUGUGUUUAUUGGUUGAUUUUGAAUGUAUUUGUAUCACUGUUUUAUUUAACCUAAUGUCGGGGAUACUCGUAUCAUGAAAGGAAUCUGCUGACAAUGGACAGAUGUAGAUUCGUGAGAGUGAGGGACUGAGUGGCCCUCCAGAAUUCAACAUUUCUACCAGUUGUUCAUGGUUUGUUCUAAAUUAGGACAGAGUAGAACGUAAUGAGCAUUAUUACGGUUGGAACUGACUCUAAAAUAUUCUGGAAUCUUAUAUAAAUAUUUAGGAAGAUUAAUCCUUUUACACCAGUGUAGAUAGGUCUAACCAAUACAUACAACAGAAUACCUAUGGCUUAUGACACUUCUAAUUAUUUGUAGUACACACUUACACACACAUCAAUUUUGGAUUUGAAUUGUGAAAUAUAUUAGAAAACAAAAAUAGUAAUUAAAUGCAGGCAUAAAUUAGAAUAAUCUAAUUUGUUGUAGUCAUUUAACAUUUUGUUUCCAUUUUCCAUUCACUGAAACUGGCUUUUCUAAGUAUCAGCCACUACAAUGAGACUUCAUUGUAGACUGAUUGACACAAAUACUCAUUUUAAGGACUUCUGGUAUUUCUUGGCAUUGUAAUCAAAUGCUAGUCUUGAAAUACACGAGUAUGAACCAAGUGCUACACUUCCAGUGAGGAGAAGGGGAGAGAGGUGCAUGAGCUAUUGGUAUAUUUCAGAAAAGAUAUUUCCAUGUAAUACAAGUGAGUAUCAUAGGUAUAGUUUAAUAUCAGUAAAUACUUUGAGAAUUAUAGCCAAGAGAUUUGCGCUUCCAAAACCAGUGAACAAUGGGUAGAAUGGGUGAACUUUCUCCUGGGAACACAGGGCCCAGUUUUUGAUUUUUUUUCCUUUGGAUAUCAAGUUACUAAUAACUUCAGGAUUUGUAUCCAAAUCAUGUUUGGAUUGACUGUAUGAGUCUUACUGCCUUUUCAGAAAUCUGCGUUCCUUUUUGUGAUUUUCCUUGUACUGUAUAGCACGGUUCAUGCACCUCUCUUUAGAUGGUGUACUUUAAAAACAGAAGUAAAAUACACAAAUGGUUUUCUCGCUGCAUACCUAAAGUUAGUAGUGUGCAACAUUAACUGCCUUUGAUUUGUAGUAGAUGUUCAAAAAUGAACAUGUUCUUGCAGAAUGCUGUAGUUGUCAGUCAGAGGUGAGCACAGCUUCCAUGCUGUCAUCGUGGGCCUUUUUACAUGGACACACUCUCUAGAAGUGUUUAAUGCAUUUUCAGUUUUUAAAAGAUUAUUAUUAUUAUUAUUAUUUGAAAUGUCUAAAAUAAUGCUGUGCUUGAAACAUCUGUUUUAAAAAAGUGUGUCACUGUGAUGGACACAGUAGGAAGUGAAAAACUUGACUAGUCACAUUUGUACACGAGGUAAGGCAGUGGUUAUAUAUAACAGAUUGACUUUGUCAUAACCUCCCCCUCCCCAAAUUCUUUUGAGCAAACCAAACUAUCCAGAAACGAAAAUCAGAAGUCUUCUGAUCUCUGUGGAUCACAUCAGAGUAUGGGGGAGGAGGGCUGGCAUGCAGUGUUGUUGAACAUCGGGCUGUGACUGGAUCAGAGCAACCUCCAUGUACAUGGUAGACAAACCCAUUAACAGAACCCUAGUAUUUCUGCGAGUCUGGUGAUUUUAAAAGACUGGAAUUGAAGCAUUAAUUCAGUGCUUAGUUCUGGUCCUAGAAAAGCCCUUUGCUGUAAUGCCUUGUAUUAACCCUUUGAGCAUUGUAAGAUAUACAAUGGGGGAUGAAAGCCUUUCAGAUCAUUUAUUUAGACUUAAAAAAGUAAAAUAGCCUCUAUAUCCAAAUGUCUAACUAAUUACACUGUUUUUUAAAGGGGGGUCAGAAAAGAAAGUGUCUCCAUGCCGAACACUUGCAUUUUAUAUACAACUCUUAAUUUUACUUCAAGAGGGCUUAAUAUAUUUAUUCCCAAAUAUUCACUGCCAUCUAAGUAAGUGUACUGUUUACAGAAGAGAAAAUCAACUUUUCUAGCAUCACAUGACUCUCUAGAAAAGGAGGACACAUACGUGGGCCUGUGCAGGCCUAUGUUGUAACUGAUUUCUGCACACUGGAGGUACCUGAUUGCCUUUAAAAGGUAUGAUAAAAUAAGGGUUACAUUUCUUCUUUUCUCCCAAAACAAAAGAUCUCAUUUAUUUAGCUUUAGAAAAUACAAGUGUAAGUGAAGCCUUAGGAAGAAAUGAGUUCCACUGAACACAGCUGAACUCGGGACAUUUAGGCUCUUUGGAGUUGCAUCUAUCAUAAAAUAUUGUUUGGAAAUUCAUACGGGGCAUAAUUUUACCUAUGCUCCAAAAUGGUAAUACUAACAAGACAGAGAGAGACAGAGUGUCGAGCAAGGCACUCACUUGCUCUAAGCUCUUCUGUCAGGAGCUGCUGUGACUGCUGCUUCAGAUAUCUCUGAAUGUCAUUCUGCUUACAACAUUGCUGAUUUCUUGGAGGGAAUUUCUGGACAGUUGAUCUGGUCCUCCCCUGUGUGACAGAACACAGAGCGGUGUUGUCUACAGAUGUGCCUGCGCCGCCCUCGCUGGGCACACACAGGAGCGUAACCUAUUCCGAUGUCUGCUGGGCAUCCGUAGCAUAGUGCAAGUGUCCGCACGUUGCUUUUUAGGCAGUUGAGGAAGUCAGACCAUGCAAAUGACUCAUGUGUUAACAUGCAAUACUCAAAGGGUUUUACUUUAGCUCUCCUCUUUUGAAUCUUCAUGAUGAUUUACUGUAAAUGCUUCUCAGUUUGCAUGCCUUGCCCAUUGCUGCUAGUGAUUUUAUGUGCCAGUAGACCUGAGUUUAGUUUACCAAUUUUACUUAAAUAGUAAAAGCCGCUUACAAAGUGACUGCCUAGGAUUGAUUCUCCUUUUGUUUAAAGGGAUUGGUGAUACGUCUUUUUAAAAGAAAUGUUUUGUCUCUUCUAUUUGGUUCUGAUAUUUGAAUCUUUUCCCCCUCUUUCCUUUGUUUUCUUUCCUUCUUUUUUUUUUCUUUUACAUAAAGUAUGACGUUGGGAUUGGAAGCCCUGAGUAAUGAAAUAUUUGGUAAGAAUCAUUUAUGUAGCUCAAUAAUGAUGAUAACAAAUCUCUGUGAGAAGUUUGAUUCUGGGGAGGAAAGCAAAAAUAAAACUCUGAUUGACUUUUGAUGACCAAGUAAAUUUUCCUGGAAUAAAUUAUCAUUUCUGAACAAAUGAUUGCCUUGUUUUAGCCUACCAUACUCAAUUUUAUAUGAUCUGAUAAGGAAGGUAUUAAAUUUUAUUCGUUUAAAAACAUCUUUUGUACCGAAGCAGACUCUUUUCUCUGCUCAUCUCCAUCAUCAAUUUGGACCUGUGGUGGUGACCAAUGAGUUGUUUCCAGAAACUUACGUGAGUGCCUUGAGAACACUUGGGAAUUUGUGCCUGAGGUGGUAAACUUUUAAUUAGGUUAAUUGUAGCGCUUACCAAUCAGUAACUCCACUAUCACUCAGGGCUUUCGUACCUUCUAGGUAAAACUUCUUUCAUUGUGUUUUUUUUAAAUACCGUAUUUUUUUUAAGUGCCAUCAUUUAAAUUUCACUUAGUAAGUGGCAGAUUACAUUCUUCAGUCCCACAAGCACACAACAUAGGAACACUAGGAGAUAUUUGAGCAUUUAUUUUACAAUCGACUGAAUAUAUUAUGUAAAUGAGGUAAGCAACUUUUGUAGAGAUUGUAUGUGUGAGAUAAUGUAAUGUUCUUUUCCAGUUUUUGGACUACAGUUGAAUAAACUUUUUAAUUAUUUAAAAACAUCUUUACCGAAUAACAUGUGAUGGUUUUUUGUAUAAUGUAUUUGAUUUUGUAAAUACGUAUUUCCUGAUGUGAUUUUUGUGAGAAACGCUAAAUCUUUUAGUAUACCAUGUCCUCUCAAGAUUGGCGGGAGCUAAAUACUAGUUUGUGGGCGAUUUGUAUUGUGUACUGUACAAUAACUGGGGAACUUUUAUAAUUAUAAAAAUAUAUAUUAACUUUUAGUGUGUUGUUUAAACAAAUGACUGGAACAUACUAAAGAUAUUAGUAGGAUUUUUUCUGAAUAUUUCAGACUUGAACUCAGGCUAGCUUUCUUGUGUUUUUCAAAACAAAAUGGUGUCUUGUCUUUUAAAAAUCAAUAAAUUUGUUUCCUUGUUACAAACA